AUGGCCGUGCGCUUGCCGCUCGCGCUGGCGGCUAUGGCGGCGGCCCUGCUGCUUCUCCUGUGCUGCGGCGGCGGCGCCGAGGCCCGCGUCCUCCUCACGCUCGACGACUUCGGCGCUGUCGGCGACGGCAUUGCCAACGACACCCAGGCUCUCUUGGACGCGUGGACCGCCGCGUGCACCUCCCUCGAGGAGGCCGUCCUCGCCGUGCCGGUCGGCAAGGCCUACCGGAUCUGGCCCAUGCAGCUCUCCGGGCCCUGCAAGAAGAAGCUCAAGCUGCUGUCAGGGCUUCGCGGCGGCGGCGGGGGUUGCAGGAGCGGGCUCGGCCGCCGCGGCAGCAGCCAACGCCGAUUCGGCGGCGGCGACGGCCAUGGCGGUGGGGAGAUCGCCGGAGUCGGGGUCGGGGUCAGGGAAAAGUGCCGGCUGCCGGGGGCUCACUGGCCUGGGCUGCGUUCACCGGUUCUGUUUCUCUGGGCUCUGGGCUGCGUGGUCAAGGGGACGACGGAAAUGCUCUGGUACAUGCGGGCUUUAGACUCCUGA